GAUGGCCGUAUCGCAUUCAGUGUAGACACGAGAAAGUCCAGGAAAUAUUUUGCAAUAUUUUUGGUUGUUAUUCAACACAGAAAUACAUAAAAAUACUUUGUGCGUAAAGUUCUAGUGGGAAAGUAUACAAAUAAAUUAAUUUUUUUAAGAAUUCCACAUUAUUGUGAACGCUGUGGUGGAUAGAAUUUUUUUCACUAUUUCAGCGUUGUUGUUGUUUAAGUGGUGCAGUGGCGGCAGAAUAGCGCACUGUAGAAAAAAUUAGUAAUACUGCAAAAAAAUUUUUGAUAAAAAUCUUAUCUAUUCGUUUUUUUUGUGAACUGUGCUAUCAAAGCUGAAUAGUGACUAUAAGCAAACCAUUAAUACAUUAACUUUAUUGGCAAAUUGCAUGAAUAGUUAAUUAAACUUGACUGAUUGCAUACAAGCGUAAGCCUGGCAACCUAAAAUGCACAUAAAUAUUCAUGUGGCGGCAAAAUUUUGACAUUAAAGCAACAACCACUUUAUACAACAACACAAUUUAGAAAUAUCUAAUAAAAACAAACAACGAAAAACAUUCAUAAAGAAGUGUGGCUUAAAUAGUGAAAUUGUUUGGCUAAAAGCAAAGAACGAAUAAAAAGAAAGUGGUGAAAAUGAGUGAACUGAUUGAAGAAGGUGGUGUUAUUGAUACCGGCAGCGAUGAGGUGUUGUUAACGAACGGUGCAAACGAAACGGACGAAGGAGUUGCCGAGUACUUGGAAGAGCACGACCCAAUGGUAGCUGACAACAAGUCAAUAAGCCCAAAUAAGCGCGGCCGCAAACCACGCAGGCCAGCAGAAGUAGAAGAAGAAGAUAAUUUAGAAGCGCUUGAAGAUGAGGACGAUGGUGAAGUUAUUGAACACAUUCUAGAAGACGAAGAUGAAGCUGAUGAAGAGGAGGAGGAAGAAGGCGAGGAUGAGGAGAAGGAGGUAGAUCAAAAGCCGGUUUUGCACAAACCUACACAGUUGCCAAAAAAGCGCAAAGAUGUUGUAGUUAAGCAAAAUCCAAAUCUGGCUGUAAAAGAAGAAGAAGAUUAUGUGGACGAUGGCGAGCAACCAACGAGUACGGCACGCGAAGCAGCUAAAAUGGAAAACCAUGUCGAUGAAAAUCAAUGCCGCGUCUGUACCAGCAAGGACGAUCUUAUCAGCCUUUUCAAAACCAUCAAUAAACAAACAAUUGCCGAUAAAUUAAUGAAUAUAUGUCCGUCGGUGUCCAUUGCUCCAAAAGAUUUUAUGCCACAAUUUAUCUGCAAUACUUGCUUCGAUAAUGUAAACAUCGCUUUACAGUUAAAAACGCAGUGUGAAGAUACUGAGCGUGAAUUGAGAAAGAAACUUUCACGCAGCAAGAACAAAGUACGACGACCGGCUGGUUAUGUGGUCAUAGAUGCAACGCUGGACUCUGAUCCCUCAGAUGAAGAACCUAAUGACGACGUAGAAUUUAAAGUAUCCGACGAUGGUGGUAUAACUGCUGAGGAUGACUCGGAUGAUUCUGAUUUUGGUACCACAACUAAAAAGAAACGUUCUCCACGCGGUGCAGGAGGUAGACGAGGUCGACGCAAAUCAGCGGCAGCAACUCCAGGUCCUAAAGUCAAGGAGAAGAAACGUAUGGGUAGGCCACCAACAAAGCGCCCACCACCACAAUCGCCAACUAUAAUUAAGGACGAAAGUAGUGAAGACGAGUACGCUAAGCCGCAAAUGAAAAAACGUAAGAUCAAGGGUACACCGCCGUCCGAUGAGCAAGAAGAAAAGCCCACAGAAUACCCAUGCGAUGAAUGUGAACAAGUAUUUACGCGUAAACUAUCGUUAAUACUACACAAGAAGGCGCAUCUGCAUCGUGAGCCACUUAAAUGUGAAGUAUGUGGACAAAUGUUCAAAAUACAGGGUGCUUACCGAAAACACGUGCAAAAACAUAACGAAGAGCCGUCAACAUUUGAAUGCCACAAAUGCGAAUAUACCGCCACCAGUAAGGCCGACCUACGCCGUCACUUAGUUGAUGAGCACGACGAACAGGGUGUCCUAUAUCAAUGUGAGAAGUGUAAGCGAAAAUUUGUGUCCGAAGUGCGUUUGGAAAAACACAAAGAGAUUCGUUGUCCGGGUCAAGAACGACCGAUGAAAAUGCGACACGACGUUGAAAGUUACAGCGUGGGUAAGGACUUAUUCAAAUCGGUUGCGCCACUUACCACCACAUACUGGAGUGAUAGCUUUUCCGAUUAAAAACAUGCGGUCUUGUCUAUUUCUAUUAGAUAAGUGUAAUGUAAUGAGCUGUAAUCACUUUAGUUGCAUUAACGUUGCCGUGAGUUAAUUCCAAUUCCUUUUUCGGGUAUUGUGCUCAAGAAGUAGUAGCUUAACAGCAAUUAUCAGUUUAACGUGUUAGCCCAUGACAAAUUGUUGACUAUUCGUUCAAGCCAUUUGACAAUUUCACUUCAUUUGUACUCGUAUACAUGCAUACGUAGUUCAGUGUUAAUUUGGCAAUACAAAUGACAAAAUGUGGGACUAAAAUUUUAAGCAAGCACACCAUUAUAUUUUAAGUAAAUAAAGUUUUGUUAUAACUAUAUUUGGAAUAUUUAAAAUUUACUCUUAGUUGCAGUUAUGUUUUAAUAUUUUAAAUAAAUAUUUCACGUUUUCAAAUUAAAAUAAAAAAAAUAUUCAUUAGAAAACAUUCAUUUUAUUGCAACACAAAUCCUAGCAUCAACGGUUAUCGUGAAUAAAAAUUUUGUAAAAAAAAAUCUACUUCGAAGUAGCGCGUGGUAAAAAUGCACAGUUCUAGUAUAUCAUGAAGUUGAGAAAAAACUACUUUUCCGUAAAAUUAAAGUAGAAUAAGUAAAAGAAAAGUAAAAAAUUAAAUUUACGCUCAUUAAAUAAUUUAGUUGGAACUAACUGAAAGUUUCAAAUUAACUAGCAAGUAUGUAUGAAUUAUUAUAAUUUUUUUUUUUUUGCUAUUUACAUACUUUCAGUAAAGAUACUUUACAUGUGUGCAAACAACUAAACUAGGCGUAAAUAUGCAGCGUGUGCUA